AUGGGCGACAGACCACCAGGAAACUGGCGAAUGCCGAGGCAUAUGCUGAGGCCAAUGCCACCACAGCAGAACUCUCAAGCGACCAACGUCAGCCAUCUGACAGAGAUGAGCCUGGCCAUUGCUACGCAAAACCGACAAAGUGCCGAGAUCAUUGAACGCUUUUGUGCCAGCAUGACCAACGAGUCACGACUGUUCAAUCGACGCGACAGUCGUCCCGAGUACAAUAACGACUAUGUCGAGCUUGCUACGACCCAAACGACCCCUACGGGACAAAGAGCAACGACUAGGCCCCCUACGAGGGCGAAGAUAACAACCAGGCCCCUCCCCAGAACAACCAGGCCCCCAACGAGCCACAACGGCGACAACGGCGUACUUGACGCGAGUAUGUCGAGCCCCUCCCCGAGCCUGGCUUUGAAAUAG